AUGUCCACCCACGCAAAGUACCAAAUCCCCAAAGAGUUCCAAGACCAGCUCGAGCCCGCCGAGCCCCUUGACACCCGCAGCGACGAAGCAAUCCUCGCCUCUCUUUCCGAACCCCGCCCAGUGACAUCGGAGAAGAACAUCUGGGCCUACUGGCACGCCGGAAUCGAGGCAAUGCCGAAAUGGUGCCAGCGAAACAUCAUUGACUGGCACCGCAUCUGCGGGCCCUCGUGGACAAUCCGCGUGCUCGACACCGUCCCGGACUCGCCCAACCAUGCACUAAAGGUCAUCCCACCCUCAAUGCUCCCAGAGACAUUCGUCAAGGGCACAAUGGACGGCCACUACGUGGGCCCACACAGCGCAGACUUCCUCCGCGGCGCAUGUCUUUACCUCUUUGGCGGCGUGUUCAUGGACGUGGGCGUCAUCCUCAUCCGGCCCCUCGACCGAAUCUGCUGGUCCCAGCUCGCGGACCCCUCGACCCCUUACAACAUCAGUGUCCCCUGGAUGUGCGACACAGCAAUGGCAAACCACUUCAUCGCGAGCCGCAAGGCGGACCCCUUUAUAAAACGCUGGCACGAGCUCUUCGUCCACGUCUGGGGAAACCGCACAAGCUUCCAAGGAAUAUGCCAGAACCCUCUUUUCGCCUUCAUUCUGGAUGAAGGGUAUUCCACGUCCCAAGAGCGAGGCUUCACCUGGGAGUUCGACGUCACGCCUAUCACGGUCUUCGAGUACAUCACCCAAGUCGUCGCCUGGAUGCGGCUAACAAUGCUCGAAGACGCGGGCGACGGAUUCAGCGGCGUCGACUAUGCCAUGAACAAUGUCCUCUGGUUCGACGCGCUCGCUGAGAACUGGGGCAUUGAAUCAAAGAUCGGGUUCAAGGGCGAAGACGCGUUCAAGCUCCUCGCGACCCGGCUGGAUGCUGAUCCGGAAUCUGAGGAGUAUAAGAAGGCAUAUGCAAUCGUGUGGCACUGUUUGGCGCAGUGUAGUAUGGAGAAAGUUACGCAUGGGAAACAUUUGACCAAGACACUGGCUCUGGGCUCGCUUUGGGAUCUGGAGGAGAGUGAGGGGGUAUAUAUUGAGGAGGGAACUUUUGCGGAGCUUUUGAGAUACGGAGCGACGAGGUUUAGGCAGACGAGGGAGGGGAUUGCAGUUGUGCAGAUAGACAGGCCUGUGACGAUGAGGAAGGGACUCUAUGAGCCAUAG